AUGGCCGCGCCCGAGGAGGAUGAGUGGGAGUACGAGUACGACGAGAACGAGACCGAAGACUUCUACAUCCCGCUCGACUUGUCCAAUGUCCCUGCAGCGCAGAUUCCUAUGGUCUCGCAGGGUAGACCGGGACAUCCAACUUUGCUCAAGAGCAGAUUGCGCGCACUGAACGCAGCUCGAGCCCAACCAGCUGAGUUCGCCGCCGACAGCAAUGAUGGACAAGAGACGGCAACCAUGGGCGAAGUACAAAUUGUUGGCCUCCACACACCAAAUCCGCUGGUCAUGUACAACGGCCAGUUGCUGAGUUGCCAUUGGACAUCGACCGUCGGGACCGACAUGUUCUUCGUGAAGCCGAAUGCAAGCUCUUCAACCCAGUCAGAAACGCUGCGAUCUCUCCCGUCGGUCGAUUUGUUGGCUCUGGGGUCUGCAAAGCUCGUAGCAAAAGUUGGACGUCUGCGACCGCGCGACGAUCUCUUCGACGACGCCAGUAGUACGCAACAGGCAGCAGAGGUCGCGCCUGCCGCAGACGGCAACCACGGCGCUACAUCAAGCGUAAACAACAUGCCAGACGCUCAUCCUCCCAGCAAUGAAGAAGCCUCAUCCGCUUCAUCGAGCUUCCUUGCUAGGCUGAAUGAGGCCAAAGCAAAGAGAGGAGACAAGUCGCGCCUGGCAAUCUCGAAGACACCAGAAGGCUCGCGUCUAGUGGCAGAAAAGGCAACGACUGGCUCUGUCAAUGCUGGCACCUCGCAGAAACACGGUGACUCGGUCAUGGGCGGCACGUGA